UGAUGGACAUCGAUAUCUUAAAUGAGUAAAAUGAAAUAGAAUAAGUUUAAACAUUCUCUAAUAUGAGUACCGCUGUAUAAAUAACCUUGUUCUUAUUACACUACAAUGCGAACAAAGAAUUUUGGGUUGGGUUAGGAACCGAUAUUGGUAGCAACGAUAAAUCACUUGAUUUGCAUUUUAUAUAUGUUUUAUACUCAUAUAACUUCUGACGGAAGUAACGUAUGAGUCGUAAUAACAGACGUUGGAACGUAUAUUGUUUAGAGUAUUCCACAGGUUGCAGUAAUCGAUAAAUUGUUGUCAUAUACAAUUUUCUCCGCGAAGCCUCUUAUUAGAGGUUUAAAAGUGUGAAUCAUAUUGAAUCAUAUUGAAAAUAUUAAAAGGAAUAUGUUUGUUUCAAUAAUUCUGGCUCUUUUUGUUAUGGAUUUGUCACAUGCUGAAAAUACAGAUUUUGGAACUAUCGUUUUCGCAAAUGUUUUAUACAGACAUGGAGAUAGAACACCCAUAAGACCAUAUCCAAAUGAUCCUUAUAACAAUGAAAGUUUGUGGCAAGUCCCAUAUGGCCAAUUAACAAACAUUGGAAAAUAUCAGCAUUUACUACUUGGUCAUUGGAUCCGCAAACGCUAUUCACAUCUACUAAGUGACCUAUAUUCUCCAUAUGAUAUUUAUAUUCAAAGUACAGAUGUAGAUCGUACCUUAAUGUCAGCUGAAUCACAUCUUGCUGGACUUUAUCCUCCAGUUAGUAAACAAGUAUGGAGUAAUAUCAAAUGGAUGCCUAUUCCAGUGCAUACUAUUCCUGAAGACAAAGAUAAUGUUUUAGCUGCAAAGAAAUAUUGUCCUAGAUAUAAUUACGAGCUGAGAAAAGUUUUUAAUUCUCCAGAAAUCCAAAAAAUUAAUAAAGAAAAUAAGAGAUUGUAUGUAUACCUUACAGAGAAAACAGGAAAUAAAAUUUCAUCUCUUUUAUCUGUUAAACAACUUUAUGAUACAUUAUUUAUUGAGAGUCUUUAUAACAAAACAUUGCCAGAAUGGACAAAGUCAGUAUAUCCAGAUAAACUUAUGCCAAUUGUUGUAAAAAGUUUUACAAUUAACGCCUAUAAUAAAAUACUUCAGAGACUAAAAUCGGGAACAUUACUUGGAGAAAUGAUAGACCACAUGGAAAAAAAGUCGAAAAAUGCAUUAGUACCUGAUAGAAAAGUAUGGAUGUAUAGUGCUCAUGAUGAAACUAUAGCCAAUUUGCUCAUGACUCUGAAUGUUUUUGAACCACAUUGCCCACCAUAUACUGCUACAAUUUUAAUAGAAUUAAGAGUAAAUUUAAAAGAUCAAUAUUUUGUAACGAUAUCAUAUAAAAAUACUAGUGAAGAACCACAACUUUUAACACUUCCCGGUUGUAUUACAAUGUGUCCCUUAAAUCAAUUUAUUGCACUAACAAAAGAUGUUGUACCCACAGAUUGGGAAAAAGAAUGUGCAAUAGAGUGGGGACCAUUUGGAUAUAAUACGAAUACGACAGCAAUUAUUGCAAUACUGACAUCUUCUAUAUUGAUGUUAGUUUUAUUCAUUUUAUCUGUAUUUGCCUUUAUUUAUCGGCAUUAUAAACCGGAACAUAAGCAAUAUUAUCUUCGAUUGAAAACGGUACCUAUAUAAUUGAAUAUAAUACUACGAAAAAAUGACGUAUUGCUUUCGUCAUGAUAUUCAAUGUUUUCAUGAUAUUUAAUGAUAUUCAAUAAUUUGAUAAUUAACAAAAAAUAAGAUAAAUGGUAAAUUCUUAUUUGAUUUUACAUACAUUGAAAAAUAAGUCUGAUAUGCGUUUGCGUAAAAUAUUUAUGAAAAAAUGUUCUAUAUUUUAUAAUGUUUUAUUAGUGAUAAUUUUUAAAUUUAUUGAUGAUAAAAUAUUUCAGUUUAUAAUCAGACAGAUUCAAUGCAAAUAUAAUCGUUUGAUUUGAUCGAUGAAAAAACAUUAUUAUUUAUAUGUAUGAAUUGUUCAAAACAAAGACUGUUAUAAUGAUUUUUAAUAGUUUGAUAAAAGGGUAUAAGAUUCUCAAUAACUUUUAUUUAAAUUGAGUUUUAUGCAUAAUAUGAAUAAAAAAAUUAUCUGUAAUGACCGUAAAUGGACUACGAAUUAAUUCGGAAAAAAUUGAGAUAUUAAAAAUACCUUUUAUUAAUAAAUGACGAUUAGAAAGUAAUAAAUUCUGGAAUACGGUUUAUUAACUUAGGGUACCUUAGUUUUUAUUUAAUGCUAAACAAUUGGGUGUAAAAUAUAGGGAUAUUUCUCUGCGGUAUUUGAAAAAAUAUCUAGUCAUAUUCCAUUAAGUUGCAACAAUUAAAACUACUUAUAAACAGAAAAAGUAUAUUCAACUACAUCAUUAUUACAUUUUUGUAAUAUCGUUUAUAUAGAAGUAUAUUUGAAACGUAUUUUUUAAAUGAGAAAUUACAAGACAAAUUAAACUUUUCCAAAAUAGAGAAAGGAUAAUAUUUAGGGCGAAAAAGAAACAUUUUACUUGGUAGUAAUCCAAAAAUUUGAUUUUCUUAAACUGAACUAUUUUACAAAUAUGAAUUGUGUCCUAUUAAAAUUAAUGUUGUGAGAUUUAAAUGUGAAUAAAUCAAGUAUUGUAAACAAA